UCGUCCCAACCGGAUGUUGAUACUGGCUGAGAGCGGAACGAAGACAGGAACAGCUGAAAAAGACAAACAAAGCCACGACGACGACAGAAACAAAACAAUUGCGAAGUACGGUUGAAAUAUUGGUGACACCAUCGCGGGACGAAUAGUUCUGCGUGAUUGAAACCAGAUUUUAAAAGUGUUGACAGACCAGUACCUACAGAGGUCAGAAUAUGGGUCGCAUCUUUUUGGAUCACAUCGGCGGGACGCGCCUCUUCUCUUGUGCCAACUGCGACACCAUCCUGACGAAUCGGUCUGAGCUCAUCUCCACACGGUUCACAGGAGCCACAGGCAGAGCUUUCCUCUUCAAUAAGGUGGUGAACCUCCAGUACAGCGAAGUUCAGGACAGAGUGAUGCUCACUGGCAGGCACAUGGUGAGAGACGUCAGCUGCAAGAACUGCAACAGCAAGCUGGGCUGGAUCUACGAGUUCGCUACUGAGGACAGCCAGCGGUACAAAGAGGGCCGCGUUAUCCUGGAGAGGGCGCUGGUUAGAGAGAGCGAGGGCUUCGAGGAGCACGUCCCGUCAGACAACUCCUGAGCUCUGGACCUGCUCGCACCCUCUUGCUUUUCUCCUUCUUUUCCUCUUUUGCCUCUACGCUGCACAUCACCACCUGCAGACUUAACAGAGUUGGAGCUGUGAGGUUUCGACUUCAGCUCCACUCUCAUUUCCUGUCUCUGGCGUUUGACCUUAGACCUCUGGUGUGCUGGAUAGGCACUCCCAAAAUAUUCCCAGAGUCCCUCACCACAGCUGUAACGAGGUGUCCCCUCACUCAACCGUAUUAGCAUGGUCACUGAGUUUACAUUCGACACACAACACACUUUCACGGUAACUGAAUCCAUGAAUGAAACAUGGACAUCCCCUAGCUGUUUCCGUUUAUCGAGUCAGGUCACAAGUAACUGUUGAAUUCAGAGAGAGCUCUCCGUAAAAAGCUUUGUAAGACACCAAGAUAGCUGUUUAUUCUGUAUCGUUUACAGUUUUUCUCCUUGGCUUCUAGUUUAAUGGAUGUAAUGGUGUUUAAAAUCUCAGUUCUCAUCCAAAUGAUACAAUGAGGACCGCACAGAAUGAUGUCAUAUUUAAUAAUUCUUUGUGCUUAAUAGUGAUUCAGCUCCUUCUUUGAUGGCGUACGUAUGUUUUGAUUGAUUCAACCGUCUUGACGUGUGCAGAGAGUGGCCUCCACAGCUCCUGCUCAUGGUGUGAAAGUGGUGUCUCACACGGGAAAGUUUCAGUUGCUACCAUGGAUUCUGGGCCCGUCUGUGUGCUGUGUGAAAAGCAAGGCGUCACUGCAAGGUUCUGCUGUUUAAAAGUUCUGUAUUAUAAGAUGACGAGUGACAUCUGAGAGUAGCUGCAUAACUCCAAGCUGUUCCAUGUAAACACAAGUUCUCAGCAUGGUGACCCACUCUUAAUAUAAUCUACAGCUCGGGGCACAUUUUGUCAUUAGAUGACUUGUUUCAAAAAAAUCCAAAAGCCAGGCAGGCUUUAAUGGGGUACUUAGCCCUUAUUUUUGGACUAGAGCAGAGUCUCUGUUUUUAUAAUCAAAUUCUAAGAAAAAAAAAAAAGAAAUUUGUAGGAAAUCUGAUGUCAAUGUUAGGUCUUUUUUGGGCUAUAAUGGGAUGUGGUGCCGGUUAGACGUUUUCACAUGCUCAUCAUCAUCAGCAUGAAUGUCAUAUUACAUUUUGAAUCUUUAAUGAUGUUCUUUAAACAUACAACUUCAAUACAUUUUAAAUAUCAGAAUGGGGUGCACAAGGUCUUUUUAUUUUUUUCAAGUUCACGUGGGUUCAAAAUUAUACAUACAGGCUCAGAUAUACACCCCCACUAAUAUUUGAUUAAAUGCCCUUAGAGAGUUGCAUUUCAACCUCGUGCUUUUUCAAGUCAUUAACCUCUCUUCUUGGCAGAAAUGAUAGAGCAAAUUAAAGCUGGUCGCUUUCCUAUCGCAGACACUGCUUUUAAAGCAUGGGUCGCACAACAUCGUCUGAAAACCUUCCGAUGGGUUGAGCACAAGCUCUUUCUGAAAGCUUAUUGCUCUGCUUUAUCCAUUCCAAAACCAGUUUGGAUGUGUGUUUGGUAUCAUCGUCUCCCUGGAAAACACACCUGUGUCCCAAGUUUCAACCAUCUGUCUCAAACUGUCAACAUAAGAUGGAAGGAAAUAGGUUAUAAGGUUCAGGAAUAUCACUGCAUGAUAUUAGGAAAACUCAGAAUUGUGAUAUCAUAGAAUAAAGCAAGAACUGUAUCACUUAUUCCUCCCUCUUCUCUUUGUCUACCAUCGUCACGAUGAUCCCCUCCAGUCUUGCUGUGCUUUAAUGUCCCAGUCAUAAAGAACUUUAUCAGAUGUGUGCAGAAAAGACAGAAAAAGGCCAUCCAUGGUCAAAGCUAUUAUUGGCAAGCAGAGCUUCAAUGCAUGACAACAUAAAGACAAGAUGGCAUCCAAGCAAUACUUUGCAAUUGUGAUAUUGUACAUAUUGAAAUUGCAAUGACAAUUGUGAUUUGAUACAUUGCAGCUCUGUUCGGGAAUGAGCCAAACACCACUAGGUUUAAGCCUGACAUUAACUGGAAGAGGCAGGAGUACUGGUGUCACUCUCCAUUGUUCUGGAGACAGGACAAAGAUUGAGCUUUUUAGACACAUUAACAGGCAGAAUGUUUGGAGGGCAGCUGCAGCUUCACAGCAAAUCAAUAGAUGGUUAAUAACUGGGUGUUCCAAUAAGGACAGUAAUCAAAACGCAUCAAAACUGGUUUUGUAAUGAAUAAAGCAGGCUUAAAUUAAACGUCUGGAAUGACUCAACCUCAACCCUUUUGAGAAUGUGUGGACCAUGCUUAAAAGUCAGGUGUAUGCUCGGAAACCAACUGGUUCAAAUAAAAUUCCCAAUCCUGAUCAGAAGAAUGGCGAAUUAUUAGAAAAGAUUGUGUCAGAAGCCUACAAAAGGAAAGAAGAUACAUAGCAAACCCUGUUUUUAAAAAAAGAAAAAGUUGUAUGAUCAUUCUGAAAUAACAAAGGCACAAUUGAAUGGCCUAAAUGAAUAAGCCUCAUCAGUGUAUAUAAACCUGUGAACGGUACUGCAUGUGUGAAUGCAUGUAAGCUGUUACCAAAAUGGCCAAGCCUUCAAAAGCUAGAUCCUUAAAGGUUUCACUGGUCACACAAGGUGGUGCAAGAGAUCAUUUCUCCAAAGUGAAAUAUAGAUGCAUGUAAAAACUUGGGUUCCACAUUCACAGCAGUAUACAGUAUUCUGUUGUUCAGGUUUUCUCUAAUGUGAUUUCUAAAUAAAGAUGUAAUCUGUUUGA